GUCGUCUAUUUACGUAUGAUAUUAUAUAUCAUUUUCUUGUUUCAGAUAACUGGAAUUUACAGGUGUUCAACAAAUGUGUGUUUGCGUAAUAAAAAUGAGUGAUGUUAUACCUAUUCUUGCUAUAGUGAUAAUUGCCUACUUGAGAUUUUCUACCACAUUCAUACUUCAGAACGAUUGCCUAGUGUCCUCACCUUGCACAUGCUUUGACAGUUAUGACGGCAUAGAUAUCAGAUGCAGCAGUAGAGAUCUAACGAACAUUCCGGAUAUUAAACAAUUUAGUGCAAACGUUGAUAAGAUAAAUCUGUUUUUUUGUUACAACAAAUUAACUGUUAUUCAAAAUGAUACCUUUCGAAAUUUGAGCUCAAUCAAUGCAAACGAUAUAGAUUUACAACUUCAAGGAAAUAUGAUACACACGAUUGAAAGCAAUGCAUUUAAUGGGAUUGCAAAAACCAUCAAAAGUCUGCAGCUGCAAAGUAACAAUAUAACAAUUUUACCAUUUGCUAUCAAAUAUCUUGUUAACCUAAAAAGGCUUGAUAUUUGUGACAACCCUUUACAUUCUCUUGAUACAUUAGUUAUGCACAAUAUAGGAAGAAGCUUGACUUACUUUAGCUUCGAUUUAGAUACUUUCACCAAGUGGCCCAAGGAACUUCAUUACCUUCGAGUAUUAGAAUCAUUGAUUGCAAACCACAUACCUUAUCCACAAUUAGAUGUUAAUGUUUUCCAUGGAUUUGAAAGUACGCUUAGACAUCUUACUCUUGAUUACUCCAAGCUUAAGGAUGUUCCUAAUGCUAUAUGCCACCUCAGUCAGCUUACUUCUUUCACAUUUAGAUUUGCUUAUCAUCUCCAGACAAAUAUAUCCUCUACUUUUGCGCCAUGUACUCAAACUAAUUCUACCGUUUUUGAGCUUAAUCUAGCUAGCAGUAACAUUCAUACGUUUCCAAAUGUUUUUACCUUGUUCCCAUUCCUUUCAAAGUUAAAUAUCUUGAAUAACUCACUUGAGUAUAUAGAAAGUACUAAAAUUCCAACGUCCACAGAACUUACAUCUUUAUCUUUACAAUAUAACCGUUUUGAAAGAAUACCGUAUGCGUUGAAUCUGUUCAAACGUCUCAAACAGAUUUUUCUUUAUGGUAAUAAGAUAAAAACAAUUGAAACACCUGACUUGUCAGGAUUAUUUUCUUUGAUUGUUCUUAAUUUGUUUCAGAAUCCCAUUUCGUACAUAGCACCAGAUGCGUUUUAUAAUAAUAUCAAUUUAUAUUAUCUAGAUUUAGAUUACACACGUCUUGACCAUGUUCCUGUCGCAGUGACAUUCUUGACAAAGCUGAGAUAUUUAUAUCUUAGCGGGAUGCCUAUUGACUGUACAUGUGACAUGUCAUAUUUAAAACACUGGAAUGUAUCAUCUGUUAAUACAUUUAGUACAAAAUGUGCUUCUUCCUCUGAAACAGUGAAACAUUUUAUCAUGACCUCUCUACAGACCUGUCAAUAGACCCACCGAUGAUUACUGAAAUGCAACGUCCGUGUAUAUGCUCUAUCAAAAACAAAAUUGAUUUUUCUCAGUCCUUUGUGAUUCACAAAGAUUUGUAUGUGUAAUACCUUUAAAUAUCAUUUUGUACUUAUAAUUUCAUAAUGUCAUGAAAAUAAAAUGAUGUAUUACAUGCAAAAUACUUUGCUGUGGUUAUUUAAUUCAUUAUAUUAAUUAAUUGUGUAACUCAGUUGAUUCAUUAAGGAAUGCAAUCAUACAUUUUAUUUCUAACUAAUAAACUUUAUAGUGGUUCAUAUCUAUGUUAAAGAAUUGAAAGUGAUAAUAUUAACUUAUAUGUUUCGCACUAUACAUUUACAUCAGAUGCGUGUAAUAAACAAAAUUAUUGUUUAAAUUUUGAAAAAAGGUAAUUACAAAAUACCUUCUUAUUUGAAACCAUGAUAUUUCAUGUGAUGGAUAAAGAGUUAAAAUGAAUUUCUAUUGUUUAAGGUUUUGAAUAUAAACAAAUGCUAUAAUUUAAGGUUAUGUUUUUUGUAGACUUUUAUGCUCCCCCAAAAAUUUCGGGGGAGCAUGUAGUCGCCGGGUUGUCUGUCCGUCCGUCCGUUAGUUCUUCCUUCCGUACGUACGUACGUACGUCCCGACACCGUGUCCGGCCCAUAACUUCGUUAUUUGAAGUCGGAUUCUACAACUUUUUCACAAAAAUAAUCACCAUAUUGAGACAACGUGUCGCGCACAACGUUUGGGCCGCUACCUUGAAGGUCAAGGUUACAGCAUGGCAUUGCAGCAAAAUCGUGUCCGGCCCAUAACUUCGUUAUUUGAAGUCGGAUUUUACAAUUAUUUCACAGAAAUGAUCACCAUAUUGAGACGACGUGUCCCGCGCAACAUUUGGGUCGCUUACAUUGAAAGUCAAGGUCACAGUAUGACCUUACAGCAAAAUCGUGCCCGGCCCAUAACUUCUUUAUUUGAAGUCGGAUUUUACAACUAUUUCACAGAAAUGAUCACCAUAUUGGGACGACGUGUCGCGCACAACAUUUGGAUUGUUUUUUUACUUUGAACUUUGUCUGUGACAUAACUCUGACACUACAAGAGGUAUACCUUCCUGUGUCCAAAACCUAUUCCAGGAGCAUCACCCGGUUCAACCGGCUCUUGUUUAAGAUUUAUUUUAGGUUGCAUAACAUUAAUUAACAAUAACUUUAAGAUUUAGAUAAAACACAAAUAAAACAGAAUGAUUUUGUUAUUUAUUGUACAAAAAUGACGGCAAGUUAACAUCACUGAAACGAUUCAAUUCAACAAAGCUAUAAUAUAUAAUAAUAAUUUAAUUUUUUCAUAACCUUAUUAAUCUUAGACAUGGUUAUUAGAACAACCAUUUUGAUACGAUCUAGCUCGAGACCGUGAAAUAUAAGGCACUCAGUGACUCCUACACUUUUCUAUGGCUAAAGAUACCCAAGCUCUGAUACCUAAUACAAGAAUCGAUUGUCGUAUUUGCAUGUAUCUGUCGUAUCUGUCGUGUCUGUAUUUGCAGUCGAUGACUUGCGGAAAAGACCUUAAUCUGAAUACAAAAAUAAAUAAAUAAAUGAAAUAUAAUUUCAGCUUCAAUCUUAUCCAUGCUUUCGUUUUAGUAUUCAAGUGUCUCUUUUGUAGUAUAAACAAUCUAACUUAAAUAUUUAUUUUCUUGGCUAGAAGUGUGUUCUGUACAGCAAAUUGCUGCGAUUAAAAAAAUAAAAAUAAAAAGUUAGAUAUAAAACCGACUUUUUCGCAAGCCAAUGCACUUUAUAGAUAUGUCUAAAAACAUAUUAGAUAGUGUGACGUAUCUUUUUAAACUAAAUUAGAAGUGUCUCUGAAUAUGUAUCUUAUGUAACUUUGGAACUUAAUGUAAAAGAUAAAGCAAAAAAGAAUGCUGCUGUGGUAUGGUAAUUUGGUAAUGAAGCAAAUGGCUACCAAAAUAUAUUAUCAAUUUAAAAUCUCAUUUACAAAAAAAAAAAAAAAAAUAAAAAAAAAUAAA